UGUGUUGUUCUUUCAAAUGAAAAUAUUAAUUCAUUAUAUUAAUUUACCGCGUAAAGGAGCGAACAUUUAGAUUGUGAGACCGUUUGUCGUAUCAGUGCUGAGCUGCUUGUAAAGAAUGAGUGGGGCGGCACUGGGCAUUGAGAUCGUGGUGGUGUUUUUCCUGGCACUCUUUCUUCUGCACCGAUAUGGAGACUUCAAGAAGCAGCAGCGCAUGGUGCUUUUCAGUACCUUGUUGGCCUGGUACCUGUGCUUCCUCAUCGUCUUCAUUCUCCCGCUGGACGUCAGCACGACCAUAUACAGACAGUGUGUAAGUGAUCAUCUUUUACCGUCUGUGAUUCCACCGAUCUCCAAUCAGACGAAAGAAAAUGCGUCUGAAGCACCCACUGUUAGCAUUGAAAAGGUGUGUCACAAACCAUGGAGCUACAUUCCCGACGGCAUCAUGCCCGUGUUUUGGAGGGUGGUGUACUGGACCUCACAGUGUCUUACAUGGCUUCUUCUACCCUUCAUGCAGUCGUAUGCACGCUCGGGAGGCUUCUCCAUCACAGGCAAAAUAAAGACCGCGCUCAUCGAGAAUGCCAUCUACUACGGCACAUACCUGUUCAUUUUCGGCUCCCUCCUCAUCUACGUGGCCGUGCAUCCUAAGUGGCGUCUGUCCUGGUAUGAGCUGCAGACCAUAGGCAUCACCGCGGCUAACACGUGGGGUCUGUUCCUGCUGGUGCUGCUGCUGGGUUACGGCCUGGUGGAAAUCCCACGGUCCUACUGGGAAGCUUCUCGGCAGGGAAACCUGCUCAUCAAGACCUACUUUAAGGCUGCUAAGCUGAUGACUGAGAAGGCCGAUGCAGAGGAGAACCUGGAGGAUGUCAUGGAGGAGGUGAGGAAGGUCAAUGAAUCCAUCAAGUACAACCACCCUUUCAGAAAGUAUGUUGACACGAUCCUUAGAAAGUGUCCUGUUGAGUAUCAGGAGAAGAUGGGCAGAAAUAUGGACGACUACGAAGAUUUUGAUGAUAAGCAAAACACCUAUCCAAGCGAAAGAGGCCUAGUCAAACUUCACAAGCAGGUGAUCUAUGCCGUCCAGAGGCAUAACCGUACACGGGUACAAUGGCAAAUCCUUCUGGAUCAGGCCUUUCACCUGGAAGACGUGGCAAAGAACGAAACCAGCUCAUCUCAUCAGUUUGUUCACAGCUUCGCACCCACGCAGCCUGCAGGCUGGUUCAGCCGCUACAUUUACACACCCACAGUAGAGUGGUAUUGGCAGUGCUUUCUGAAGCAGUGGUUUUAUCGUGUACUGGCUGUGGUUUUGUCACUGUUUUCGGUCGCUGUGGUCUGGUCCGAAUGUACCUUCUUUAGCACUCGGCCUGUCCUCUCUCUCUUCGCCGUGUUCAUUCAGCUGGCAGAACGAGAUUACAACUACCUGUACAUUGAGAUGGCGUGCUUCCUCACAAUUUUUUUCCUCUGCACUUGCGUCUACUCAACUGUGUUCCGCAUUCGUGUUUUCAACUACUACUAUUUCGCCUCACACCAUCAAACCGAUGCCUACAGCCUGCAGUUCAGUGGCAUGCUUUUUUGCCGUCUGACUCCGCCCCUCUGUCUAAACUUUCUGGGUCUGAUCCACAUGGACUCCGCCAUCUCUCACCAAGCCAAGGAGCAGACCGCGUACACUUCCAUCAUGGGGUCCAUGCGGGUCCUCUCAUUCAUCGCUAAUGGAUUUUACAUCUACUACCCCAUGCUGAUAGUAAUUCUUUGCUUUGCCACAUACUUCAGCCUUGGUACACGCUGCCUGAACCUGCUGGGCUUCCAGCAGUUUAUGGGAGAUAAUGAACUGACUUCUGACCUUAUUGAUGAGGGCAGGGAGUUACUCCGUAGAGAGAGAAGAAAACGGCAAAGGAUAGAAGAUGGAGAGAACAGAAGGAGGGAAUGGAGAGAGCGCUACGGGCAGCAGAGAGAUCCAGAAUCAACAACCAGAAACCGAGCCUCCAUCUCAGAAAUGAAGGAAACCAGUUACGGAGACGCGCUCAGCUCCAACAGACAAGCCAAAUACUCUCGCGGGGGUGCGGGACACUCCGAGAGGGAUCGCAUCGAACUCCUGCAGGACCAAGAACCGCUGGACUUUAAUGCAGAAUCGGUUACUGAUGACCCGCUGGAGGCAAACAGGCAUGUAGGAGGGAGGUACCUGUCCAUGUCCUCCUCACAGAGCAGAAUCUUUGACGAUGUGUAAAAGCAACGGUCAGGACACGAGCCGAAACUGAAAAACGAGCGUCAGGGCUGGAUGGAGCUUCUGCUCAGUCCGAUCACGUAAGGAGAGAUUUUGGAUAAACGUGGUCCUUGUGAACGUGCGUCUCAUAAAGACUCGUGUAACAGA